AUGCCGAGCUUACCACAGCCAUCGCCCCAGCUGACCACCCCCACCAAGCGCGCGGUACCGUUUUCUUCGAUGGUCAACGGUCCCCCCGAGUCGCCGAUACAGGCAUCUUCUCCUUCCACCCCUCCAGCACCCAACGUCGUAUCGGUCUAUCGCCAGGCGUGCAACGCAGCCGAGGUCCUGGUGUUGUUCCAGGUCGUGACGUUGAGCUCCUUGAGCACUCGCGAUUUGGGGCCACGACUCAUGACGGCUCCCCAGCCGCGCACCCAAGUGAGCACGUCCGCCGGAACGAAUUUGGUGAAGUUUCCACUUGUCUACGCGUUGGAUCUGAAGCACAACAACCUCAACGCCAUCCAGAACUUCCAAUUACCGUUUUGCAUGCACUUCUAUCAGAUGGUCUCGGGGAAAAAGCUGCUCAAGCCUGGCAAAGCCGGCAUGAGCUACGCGCGCCCGGACACCUCCCGCCGGUUCUCCCAGUUCCGAUCACUUCACGACGCCCUCAUCCGCGACGGGGUUUCAACUGCCCCUACUUCACCCCGCCAACCCCUGGGUUGA